AUGCAACGAUUGCCAGCACUGGAAGAGCACUGUCUACUGAGGCCGGAAAGCGGUGACUGUAAAGCACUGAUGCAGAGAUGGUAUUACGAUAUAUCGCGCAGAGAUUGUGUGCACUUUAUAUACGGCGGUUGCGAUGGAAAUGACAAUAAUUUUAAAUCCAAACUCCAGUGCCAAAAGUCAUGUCGGGGUAAACCACGACCACAUCGGCAUAACAAUAGGCAAUUGGUGGGCACCGAAAACUGUGAACUGGCGGUCGAUUCGGGCGAAUGUGACGCUCACUACGAGCUAUGGUUUUACGACUCGGAAGACAAUGAGUGCAAAACAUUCACUUAUAACGGAUGCGCCGGAAAUGCAAACAAGUUUAUGACCAAACAGUUGUGCGAAAGAUUUUGCGUGAAAAAGGCCGGACCGCCGGUCAUAACGGCCGGACUGUUGCCCGAAUCCAUCACCGGUUUUACGGGUUAUGAUUACAUUGAGAAGAGUUUUAACGACGAAAUGGAUUUCGACAACGAAAAGAUCAUUUUAUACGACAGGACUCCGGAUGUGAUCUCAUCGCCACCGAAGCGAUCGCGUGCGUCAUCGCCUCUGCCAUCGUCUCUGCCAUCGCCGGUGACAAUAACAACAGAAGAACCGGAUCUGUUGCUCAAAGAGAGUAUACCUGCCGACGGCCCCGCGUUGAACGUCUCAUCUGAUCCCUUGAGUGCUGUUAAUGACGACCAGAAGAAAGCUAAUGUGACAAAAGAGGACUGUUCACUGCCAGAAGUGAAGGGCAUGUGUCGGGCACUUAUACCCAAAUGGUAUUACAAACCAUCAGAGAAGACAUGUCUUGAGUUUAGUUAUGGCGGAUGUCGUGGAAAUAAAAAUAAUUUUGAGACCAAAGAGGAAUGCAUUAGUUUGUGCUCUGAUUUUUUUAAAUGA